AUGGCAAAUACUAGUAUUAGGAACAGUAUAUCGUGUCUGAAUAUGUUUGAAAGAGCAGUGCAGGACCCGUGUUCUCAUGGAUGUGACAAUGAGGACGAUUCCGGGUUUUCGAAUAUGUGGAGACAGAGCCUGUCUGAUCCUGCCGGCGUGACAAACGCAAAUAAUAACAACAACAGUGUUAACGACGGGGAAUUGGAUGAGUUGGAUCCUUUGAAUGAAAUAGAAUUAUCGUCUGAAGAUAUACGUCCAUCUACUAGGAAUGAUAAUGAUAAUAAUGAUAAUGAUAACGAAGAACAAGAAGAUGAGAAAGAGGAAGAAGAACCGUUGGUUUGGACAAACCCAUUUAGCAAUGGAGCAGCUACAUCAAAGGAGAAACAACGACAGUUAUUAUCGAAGAGAAGAAGAAGUACAAUUAAUAAUGGUCUGUCGAUGAGACGAACACGGACAAACUCUAGUUGCUAUAUUCAACAACAAUCAAGAAGACCGUUGCGUUCUAGUAUGGUCGAACAAAGUCCCGCCGGGCAACAACAGAGAAACUCAAAUACAACCACUAAUAAUAAUAAUAUGACCUGCAAUAGAAGCUUCUCGAAUGGGUUUCCUAUAACGUCGACUUCUAAUACUCCUUAUUCGAGUCUCAGUGCUACAACUAGUAGUGGUAAUAUUAACAAUAUGAACAAUAUGAAUAGUGAUACUUGUUGGGUUCAUCCAAAGACUCUGUCUCAUUCUUCUUGCUCUUCAAUUCUAACUCAUCUCUACGGUCUAGAAAAAUACAUUUCGUCGGAUUUGGAUGCGUUAGCAUUUGAAGAUGUCUCUUCUUCAACACCAACAACAACUGCGACAGAGGGGUUCAUCAACAAUAAUUUACCUAAAAAUAAUGUCAUGAUGCAAACAGAUGAUAGAUCGAGGUCGGAUUUGAAUUUAAAUCGGCUCCCAGAGGUAACAACUACUACCACUGACUUUCCAAACGUAACAAAAAGACAAAAAUCGUUUAUUGAACAAUCACUCGCAAAUUCUUUCUCAUAA